AUGGCGACUGCAUCGGCUGCCCAGUCGGGCAAGUCCAAGAAGCUCUCGCGAGAGCAGCAGCGUCGCAAGGCCGACAAGAAGGCGGGCAAGAUCCGCAAGGUCCAGCUCGACGCCAGCGGCAGCCUCGCGAGUGCCAAGCAGAAGACGCUCAAGCAGAUCAACAAGAACGCCGAAAAGGUCACCACGCGCUUUCGAUACGCAUCCUUCAACCAGCGCCUCCAGGAUGUUCAUCUCGCACCCGCCGCGAUCAGCGCCAGCACCAGCUAUCGACCCUACGCAGGCCUCGAUGCUCCCCUCGCCUCGUCCUCUUCCUCGGCAUCGGCCGCGCGUCUGCAGCCCAUAGAUGCGCUCGACGAAGAGCUGCUCGACAUCGACGACCAAGAUGCUUCCUCCUCGCUGCAUGCUCGCACCUCGGUUUCGCACGCUCUCCAGGCGUGGACCGACCUCAACCUCUCCAACGCAUUCGUCGACCUCUACCGCCAGCUCAACCCCAUCGUGCAGUCGCUGCCCCAGCUCAUCCACCAUCGCUCGUCCAUCGCCAGCAUCCUCGCAGCAGCACUCUCAUCGCCCAGCCAGUGGCUCGCUUGGGAUGCAGCACUCGACCUCCUCCCAAGACUCGCAAAGGAUCUCGGCUCCGAGUUCCUCCCCAUCUACCCGUCCAUGCUCAAGAGCGCCGUCCACGUCACCACCACCACCAAGGACACCACCAACGGAGACGAACGCGCCGCCGCCAACCUCGUCGAGCGCGCAUUCCAGUCGUCCGCAUGGAUCCUCAAGGCCGUCAGCCCCUUCAUCGUCAGCAAAGAAAAGGGUGCGCCAGUCCAGGACGAUGCACUCAACGAGAGCGCUGAUGGUGGCGACAUUGUCAUGGUUGAAGAGGACGUCGAAGAAGACGAGGUCGACGAGAGGACGCAGCGCCUCAUCGACACGUGGACCGUCAUCCGCCCCUACCUCGGCUGGAAGCGCAUCGAUGUGAAGGAAGCACAUCCGUCAGCUCCCCAUGCAGAAGAAGAAGAAAGCGACGAUGAGGACACCGAGGCGCAGGAGCCAGAGAAGGACGACGAUGCCACUGCAGACAAGGCUGCUCAAGCCGACGAGACGUUCAGAAACACCAACGUGCAUCGCAUCUCGCCCUUCACCCGACGAUUCGCCUCCGAGGCAUUCGCCCAUCUGCUCCGCAAGACGCGCGGUCGACAGCUGCACAACAUCACCUCGCUCAUCGUCUCGGACCUCGAGACCAUGCUCCACGACGAGGACCGCCACAUCCACUUCCGCAGACAGCCGUCUCGCCGACCCUCGGUGCGCUUCUCCAGGGGCAUUGCCGGCAUCUGGGUCGAGGGCUGCAAGUCGCUCGACCGUCGUCUGCACUCCAAGUGCACCUCGCUGCUCAGCGUGCUCCUCCGCCCGUCACGUGCGGCCCCCAACGCGUCGGUGGCAAAGUACCGCCAUCUCACCCGCCUCAUCCUUGGUCGUCUCACCAUUACGGCGCUCAACCACCACUGCAACGCCAACCACUUUGCACCCGUGCUCGAGUUUGUCUCGGGCCUCGUCGAGACCAAUCACGCACGCUUGCUCGAGCAGAACGACGGAGCGCAGCAUGUUGCGCACCUCACCGAGUCCGUCGAGUGGCUGGCGUGCGCCGUGGGUGUGCGCAAGGGAACACGCGUCGCAGAUGCAGCCAAGCCGGCGCUCUUCGCUCUCCUCCUCCAGCUCUCCGGCUCGUUCCUCCACGACGCAGUCCAGUCGCCACACGGCGCGGCGCUCCAGACCUCCAUGGUCUCGCUGCUCGCUUUGGCGCUGCCCAUCGGUCGCCUUCAGGACCUGCUCGGUCCCGGCAUCAAGAUCAUCGACGCCCUCGCGCCCGUGCCCUCGGUCGCCAAGGCAAAGCACGGCAUCGAGCAGCGUCAGGCGCUCUGGCCCGAGUUCAGCGCGCUCGUCGAAGCCCUGGCUCAGCCGGCGCUCGAGUGGUCCGGCUUCAAGCAGUUCGCUCUGCCCUCCGUGCUCACCUCGACCGCCGAGACGCUCGCCUCCACAUCCACCUCGUCGCACAGCAAGGACCAGGCAUUCAGCCUGCUCGAGAGACUCGAGAAGCUCGGCCAGCUCGACGACAUUCGCACCGCCCCCGCGACCCCUGCGCUUGUCCGCUGGUCCAAGCAUGUCGCUGCCGCCAUCGAGGAGCGUCUCGCCGAGCUCGUCGAGCGCUUCUGCACCCCAGCAAACGCAGGUGCUUCCAGGGCCAAGCUGGCAAAGUCGAGCGUGCUGGCAGAUCAGGUCUCGCUCGAGCCGCUCGUGCCAGCGCUGCGUCUGUCGACCGUUCCGAGGACCGCAUCACCUGCCGGCUUCGGCACCAAGAUCGCCGAGCUCCUUCUCGACGGCCUCCUCUCCGAUCGGUUCUGGGCUCCGCUCGACGAGGUGCGUGCGAGCUUCGACAAGCAUAUCGUCAACCCUGCCUUGCUCGUCGGGCUGGCUUGCGAGAGUCUCGCCAUCCUGCAAGAGCGCAGCGCCGCCAAGGACUUUGAAGCCACAGCCAAGAUGAUCAAGGACCGCAUCGAGGUGGAGCGCGUCGUGCGUUGUGCCUCGUGGCACCGGGGUGCCAUGCAAGGUCUCAGCAAGUACCUCGCCUCGUGUCCUGCGCGAACCCGACCCGCGCUGCCGGAGCUCGCAGAUGUGCUCGAACCUCUGUCCGAGGCCAUCAUGUCGUCGGACCCCGUGAUCCGUCUGGCGGCGCUCGAGAUUCUCGCCCUCGUCGAGACACAGCAGCUGGGCGGCUCGACGGGCUUCAUCGACAAGCUCGUCGAGGUCGAGCGCACGCCCCUCUCGGUCGCCUCGAUCCGCGAUCGCAACGUGCGCUUGCGAAGCGUCGGCCGAGACCUCGGACGCACCGUUGCAGCGUACAAGCCUGCCGACGUGGCAAAGUUCGCCGAGCGCGACGCUCUGGUCAUGCGCUACGUGCUCGCCAAUCUCAAGAUCAACCUGCGACCAGUCUGGGGCGAGGCCAUCAAGGCGCUUACGGACAUCGUCGAUUCUGGCCAACGCGAGCUGGAGAAUGCGCUGUUUGGCAUUGCGAUCACCGAGCUCGAGGCCGGUCGACAGCUGGACAGCGCCGAGAUCCGCGCGGUGCCAGAGGCGUGGACGAAACGAAGCGGCGAGGAGGACGACGAUGCACCUGGCUCGGUGGACGCUGAUGAGGUCGAGCCGGACCGUGUGCUGCGCGACGAAAGUGACGUUGCGGGCAUCGACGACGACAAGCAGUUCCAAGACGGCAUCCUGCUCGAAAGGCGCAAGGCCGUCCGAAGCUGCAUCGAGCACGCGCGCACCGGCGCGGGCCGAAGCGAUGGCGCCACGCCCGCGACUAGCACCGCCAAGCUCACCACGACUCUGCAGGCCUGUGUCGAGGCGCAGCGCCCGGACGCCCGGCUGGAUCUGGUCAAUUACCGUCACCAGAUCCUCAAGCUCUUUUGCGAGAUCGCGCUCACCGUCGAGCGCAACAACGCGCGCUUCGUGCACAUCUUCUUCCGCGACGCCGGACCGCGCAACCACGCAGGUGUGCUUCUCUCGCCGCUCGACGACGAAGCUGACGAUGACGACGAUGAAGCUGCCGAGGUCGGAGAAGCCGCCAAGAAGGAGCACAAGCCGAUCGAUCCGGCCGCCAUGACCCUGGGCAAGAAGGACCGCCAGGCGCAGCUUACAGCGUAUCUCGAGGUGCUGGGCAAGCUCAAGAAUCCCAAGGCCCUCUCGCGCUCGACGGAGCUGCAUACGUACCUGCUCAGCCUGUGCGCCACUGCCGAGGUGUCGGUGCAGAAGCUGGCGCUCGAGGCGAUCCUCACCUGGAAGGACGAGGCGGUUCUGCCGUAUGCAAGCAAGCUCAAGGACUUGCUCGAGACGGCCAACUUUAGGGACACGCUCACCACCUUUACGCUUUCGUCCGAUACGAACGUCGUGCAGCCGUACCAUCGUCCGGUGCUGAUGCCGCUCGUCAUCAGGCUGCUCUUCGGCGCGCUGCUGUCGAGGCGCGGCAAUCGCACCAGCGGUGCGGGACAGAGGUCCCGAAGGGGUGCCGUGCUCGGUGCUCUUGCCGACGUGGGCUCGGAAGAGCUCAUGACGCUCGUCGACCUCAUGCUCGCGCCGUUCGGAGACCAGGCGACGAAACCAGUGGCAGAGGGCGAGAUGUUUGCGUUUGUCUCGCAGCCGCCCGUCACCUCGACGCGCCGCCAGGUGGGAUACCUCACGCUGCUCGGCGAGGUGGUCAAGCAGAUCGGCGCCAAUCUGCUGCCGUACUGGGAUCGCCUCAUUGGCGUCUCUCUCAACCUCACCUUCCACGCGCACAAGGCCGUCGUGCAGGUGCACAGCGAGAGCAACGAGGGUGUCGCUGCGGAGGUGGCCAAGCCGCUGACGGCUCGCACCUCGCGUGCGCGUCUCGUGCGACAGGCAGGUUACAAGCGCCUGUGCGACUUCUUCGGCAAAGCGCAGCUGGCCGCUGCGUUCCACUGGCAUCGCUACCUGCCCGCCAUCUUCGCCGAGCUCAUCUCUCCCAGGCUCGAGGCGCUGCGCGUCGAGUCGAGCCAGAGCCCGUCGGCGCUGCUGGAGCUGUUCCACGUGUGGUCGGGCCAGACCGAGACGAUCCCGCUGCUGGGUACGUACGAUGCCAACGUGCUGCCGAGCACGUUUGCCAUCCUCGCGGCUCCCAACGUCAAGCCGUCUGCGAUCGGCAACGUGCUCGACAUCGCCGAACGUGUGCUGGCAGCGGCCUCGGCCGAGACGGAUGCAAUGGACGUCAGCCAAGAUGGCGAGCGCGUGCCCUUGGUCGACCUGCUCGUGCGACCGCAUGCGUCGGUGUUCCUCAGCAGCGUCACGCCGCUUAUCGAGCAGGCCUCGUCGGCGACUGGGCCUGCAGCUGCUGCCAUGGGCCGCGACGACUUGCUGCGUCGCCAGAUCUCGCUGCUCGCAGCGCUGUCGCCCUUCGUCACGGAGCCGGCGGACGCAAGCCACCUCGUCACGCUGCUGAGCCCCAUGAUGCGCAAGUCGAACUUCCUCGUGCCCGAGCGCACCAAGACGGAGCUGCUGGCCAUCUUUGAGCGUCUGCUCUCGCUCAUCCCCGAGUUCCAGGACAAGCACUCGGACAUGUUCCGCAGCACGUUGGGCAUGCUCAGCGGACUCUUCUCGCUGCUGCGCUUUGCCGAGUCGCGCAAGACGCUCAGCGCCGCCUUCAACCGGUGCGCCGAGGUGGAUCCCGAACUGAGCCGCGUCGCGCAGUGGUGCACGCAGCUCAACGCGCUCAGCAGGAGGAGGGUCGAGGAGCGCGAUUUCGAUCAGCUCUUUGCGGCCUUUGACUCGAUCAACGCGGCGGAGACGCACAUCACGCACAAGGAGUGGCAGCCGCUCGUGCACAACUUCCUCUUCCUCAUCCUCGACCCCGAGGAGCUGUCGAUCCGCAGCAACGCCAACGCCUCGCUUGUCAAGUUCAUCGGUCAGACCGCCGCCGAGUGCAGCAAUGGCGCGGAUGCCGACGCCGAGCUUAUGCAGGUCUUCCUGCAGUCCGUCUGGCCUGGAUUGAAGAAGGCGGUGCGCAACCGCUCGGAGCUGGUACGAAGGGACGUUCUUGCCGUCAUCUCGUCGGCAGCAGAGAACCUGCCUGGCUGCGACGUCAUGGCUGAGCUCUCCGGUCUGCUGGGCGGUGGCGAUGCCGAGGUCAACUUCUUCAACAACAUCCACCACAUCCAGCUGCACCGCCGCACGCGCGCCGUCAAGCGGCUGCCCGAACAGGCGGCCAAGGGCGGCAUGAAGAGCCGCACGAUCAGCGACAUCCUCGCACCCGUGCUGGGCCACUUCCUCCUGCCGGGUUCGGUCGAGCUCAACGACCACAACCUCGUCACCGAGGUGAUCACCAGCCUCGGUCUGCUCGCAGGCCAGCUCAACUGGGGCCCGUACAAUGCGCUGCUGUGGCAGUACCUGCGCCUCGCCAACAAGAAGGGCUCGGCCGAGCGCAUCAUGGUGCGCGCCGCCAUGGCGAUCCUGGACAACUUCCACUUUGGCAUGGAGGAGGAGACGAUCCUCGAGGAGGACGACGAAGAGGCCGACGGCGAUGUGGAUGCAGACGACGAGGAUGCGGACAAGGCUGCUGCCGCCGAGGAGAGGCAGGGCAAGGAGGCCGAACGCGUCAAGAUCCUCGAUGCCGUGACGACGCGCCUGCUCCCUCGCCUCAUGGCGUAUCUCGAGCAGAAGGACGAGACGGAAGACUCUACGCGGCUGCCGAUCGCUGUGGGUGUGGUGCGCGUCGCCCAGUGUCUGCCCGUCAAGCAGCGCCAGGCGCAGAUCUCGAAGCUGCUCAAGACGCUCUCGAACGUUUUCCGAGCCAAGGCGCAGGACACGCGCGACCUGGCGCGCGAGACGGCGUGCAAGGUCAUGUCGACGCUCGGCGCGCGCUUCCUGCCCGAGUUGCUGCGCGAGAUGCGGCGUGCGCUCAUGCGCGGUCCGCAAAAGGCGGUGCUGGCGUUUACGGUGCACUCGGUGCUGACGCAUCUGAUGACGAGCAAGGACGAGCCGCUCACCUCGCUCGACCAGGGCGCCAAGGAGAUCAUCGAGAUCGCGGUGGAGGACAUCUUUGGCGCCACCGCCGACGACCGCGAGUCGAUCGGGAGCAAGACGACCUACCGCGAGGUGAAGCACAGCAAGAGCAUGGAUACCUUUGAGCAGGUCGCGCGCAUCGUCACGCCCAACCGCAUGGCGGACGUGCUGCAGCCGCUGCGCGACAUCCUGCAGCAGACCGAGAUGCCCAAGAUGGUGCGUCAGGUCGAGGAGUGUCUGCGCCGCAUCGCGAGCGGCAUCCCGGCCAAUCCGCAGUUCGAUGCGAACCGCUUCCUGGCGCUGUGCGCGACGCUCGUCAAGCGCGAUGCGGUCUUCCUGCAGGCGCGCAAGCCCGAGGCCAGGGCGGCGUCGCGCCACAAGUCGUCGACGCUGUACAACUAUGCCGUCUUCCUCAAGCGCAAGGAUGUCGAGGAGGGCGCGAUGGCGGGCAAGGACCACUACUCGCGCAAUGCGCACAAGUUUGUCGCGUUCGGCCUCGAGAUGCUCGUCACCUCGCUGCGCCGCGAGCGCUUCGACUUCCAGGACGACGAGGUGCUGGCCAAGCUCAACGGCAUGGUCAACAUCGUGGGCGAGGCGGCGUAUGCCAAUGAGUCGUCGGUGCUCGAGCUCGCACUGCGCGCCAUCGCGCAGAUCGUCAAGGCCCCCGUCUCGCGCGUGGACAAGGCGCUGCCCGUGUUCAUCAAGCAGAUCUUCGGCAUCAUCCACCAGUACGGCUCGCCGCAGUCGCAGAUCGUCCAGACCGCCUUCCGCACGCUCACGGCGAUCCUGCGCGAGUGCAAGAACGCCUCGCUGUCCGAGACGCACCUGAGCGGCCUGCUCAAGCUCAUCGCCCCGGACCUCGAGGAGCCCGCGGUGCAGAGCACGCUGUUCGGGCUUCUGCGAGCCAUUGUCAGCCGCAGACUCGUCGUGUCCGAGGUGUACGACACCAUGGACAAGGUGGCCGAGAUGAUGGUGACCAACCAGAGCGAGAGCGUGCGCGAUCUGUGCCGCUCGACGUAUCUCCAGUUUCUGCUCGACUAUCCGCAGGGCAAGCAGAGGCUUCGCAACCAGAUCGGCUUCCUCGCCAAGAAUCUGGCGUACGAGCACGAGUCCGGACGCCUGUCGGUGCUCGAGAUCACCACGGCCAUUCUGAACAAGUUUGGCGACGAGCUGCUGCAGGAGUAUGCCGAGAUGCUGUUUGUGGCGCUCGCCAUGGUGGUGGCCAACGACACCAGCACCAAGUGCCGCGAAAAGGCGGCGGGCUUGAUCGGCGUGCUGGUGCGCGCCAUGACCGAGGCGCAGCAGGACAAGACUUCGCUCAUGGUGGAUGCAUGGGCGCGUUCGGAGGGCAAGCCGGAACUCGCACGUGUGGGCGUACAGAUCUACGGGCUGCUGCUCGAAGCCCUCCCGGACGGCGCCGCCUCGUGGGCGCCCAAAGCCCUGGACGUGGUGACGAAAGUGCUCGUCGAGUGUGCGGACGAUCUGGAGGCGAUCGAGAACAGCGAGGGCGCACUUGCCGGUGUGGAGCUCGACUGGCAGUUGCCGUACCACUCUUUGCAGACGCUCGGCCGGGUCGCUUCACUGGGGGCGCGCGACCGCACGGCGGGCACCGCCAACGACGCGGUGCGGAGGCUGCUGUUGUUCCCGCACAAGUGGGUGCGCAUCGCGGCAUCGCGGUUGUUGGGAGGCCUGUAUGCGCAGCGCGAGCCUGCGGCGCCGGCCAUGGUGGCGGUGCAGCAGGAUCCCGUGGCGAGUCUGCCGGCGCUGGUGGAUGCGGCCAAGAAGUCGUGUCUGCAGCUGCGCUCGGAUCGGCUCGACGAGACGCUGGCACUGCAGGUGGUCAAGAACCUCGUGUGGAUCGGUCGGUCCUUUGCGCUCUUCCCUGUCGACCGUCCACAGCUCUCCCAGCCAGAGCCCACCGAGUCCGGUGAAGACAAGCAAGACCCCGCCGAAGAUGACGAGGAGGAGGAGGAGGAUGGUGAGGGUAGUGACAGUGGCGAGGAGACGGAGGAGGAUGAGGCGGUUGUGGAGGGUGCCAAGCGACGCGAAGCGGCAAUGGAUGCGCCAACAGCCAUCGCGGCCGAUCCGCUACGAUGGUUGGUUGCGCGGCUCUCGUUCCAAGCGCGCCUCUCGCUCGCGCAGUCCAAGAGCGAGACAUGGACGAUUGCACCCGCAUCGAUCCUGCGCUUCUUCGCAGCGCUCUCUGCCUCUCUCGACCCGUCCCUACUUCCCCACAUCCUCUCGCUGCUGCUCUCGCCGAUCAUUCGGCUCGUCGAAUCGCCCGCCACCGCCAACGGAGCCGGGGGCGGGGACGAGCUCAAGGCGCUGGCGAUCGAGGUGCAGACGCAUCUCCAGUCGCUCGUGGACAUGGCCGUGUUCAACAGGACCUACUCGACGCUCAAGCGCAAACAGCAGGCCAAGCGCGAACAGCGCAAGACCGAUAGGCUCAUGCGAGGUAUCAAUGACCCGCAGCUUCAGGCGAGGAGGAACGAGGUGAGGAAUAGGAAGAACCACGCGGCGAGGAAGAGGAGGAACCAAAGCAAUCUCGAUAAAAGAGAGGCAGGUGGAAGCGGCAAGACCAAGCGCGCCAGAAGGACCUGA